AGUAGCCAGGGAUUUAUCGGCUAGAAUCCUCUCCUUCAAUUCCUCCAACUUUCCGGUGUAGGCCAGGUUGCAGACCAUUAGAUUGGACACACACCCCUCCAUUUCGCUUUCCCAGGAUCUCCUUGAAGCGCGACCAUCAACCGCCUCACGUCGCCGGCUCCUACUGCCAAUCAAAAGAGCCCGAAGGCCUCCACCAAUCACUGAUCGUCCUCGUCCCUUGGUCUUUUCCCAUCACGCGGCGCCUCUGGGAGUUGCAGUCUGAGGGCAGUUCCGGGCAGGGAGGUGCCUUUGCGGCCCGCACAGACUCGACCCCUACCAGAGUGGAACUACAAGUCCCAGGGUCCCUAGCGGCCGCCGUAGUCAAGCGGCCGGUGGAAUUGGCCCAGGAUGACAGCUGGAGAAUGGAGUCAGUUUUAUCCAAGUAUGAAAACCAGAUUACUAUUUUUGCUGACUACUUAGAAGAUUUUCCAGAUACAGAUGAGUUGGUAUGGAUCUUGGGAAAACAACAUCUCCUUAAAACAGAAAAAUCUAAGCUGUUGUCUGAUAUAAGUACUCGUCUAUGGUUUACAUACAGAAGGAAAUUUUCACCAAUUGGGGGAACGGGCCCUUCGUCAGAUGCUGGCUGGGGAUGUAUGCUACGCUGUGGACAGAUGAUGCUGGCUCAAGCCCUUAUCUGCAGACACUUGGGAAGGGACUGGAACUGGGAGAAGCAAAAAGAACAACCCAAAGAAUACCAAUGGAUCCUACAGUGCUUCUUAGAUAGAAAAGACUGUUGCUACUCUAUCCAUCAAAUGGCACAAAUGGGUGUAGGAGAAGGGAAAUCAAUUGGCGAAUGGUUUGGACCAAAUACAGUUGCACAGGUGUUAAAAAAACUUGCUUUAUUUGAUGAAUGGAAUUCCUUGGCUGUUUAUGUUUCAAUGGAUAACACAGUGGUCAUUGAAGAUAUCAAAAAAAUGUGCCGUGUCCUUUCCUUGAAUGCCGAUCCAGCCAGUGAGAGCCCCGCUGACUCUCUGAAUGCUUUGAGCCGGAGUAAGGGCUGCCUAACCUGGAAACCCCUGCUGCUCAUUGUGCCCCUUCGCCUGGGCAUAAACCAAAUCAAUCCUGUCUAUGUCGAUGCAUUCAAAGAGUGUUUUAAGAUGCCACAGUCUUUAGGGGCAUUAGGAGGAAAACCAAAUAACGCCUAUUAUUUCAUAGGAUUCUUAGGAGAUGAACUCAUUUUCUUGGACCCUCACACAACCCAGACCUUCGUUGACACUGAAGAGAAUGGAAUGGUUGACGACCAGACUUUCCAUUGCCUGCAAUCCCCACAGCGAAUGAAUAUCCUGCACUUGGAUCCUUCUGUGGCACUGGGAUUUUUCUGCAAAGAAGAGAAAGACUUUGAUAGCUGGUGUAGCCUUGUUCAAAAGGAAAUUCUAAAGGAGAAUUUAAGGAUGUUUGAAUUAGUUCAGAAACAUCCAUCGCACUGGCCUCCCUUUGUUCCUCCAGCUAAGCCAGAAGUGACGACCACUGGGGCAGAAUUCAUUGACUCUACUGAACAAUUAGAGGAGCUUGACCUGGAGGAAGAUUUUGAGAUUCUGAGUGUAUAGAAUAGUGGGUAUUCAACUUAGAGAUCUGUCUUCCAUCUGGCACCAGAAGAACAUGAACUCAUUACAUAAAAUUUUUCUAGUCAGCAAGUGCCUGAUAUGCAACAGCAUACAAACUUGAUACUAAUCAUAUCUGAGCCAAUCACCAUUUAUCAGAGAAAAAGAAAGAAACAACUCUUCCCCAGAAAGAAGUAGAACAAUCAUGGAGGCUAGGAGCAGAAAGAUUAGGAGUCAACCUUUGCUUCCCAAGCUGGCCACAGCAAGUCUCCAGCUACUGAAACCAGACAGUGGACAUCUGGACAACGGACAACUUCCCACCUUGUUCAAGCACCAGCAGAUGAAAGAUGGUUACCCUGUGCUUCUUCACCCUGUCAGGUGUGACCUCUUUUGGGCUAAACACUAAAAAGCAGUCUGUUCUCUUGCUCUAAUAAUAAAGUGAUUGCAUCAGGGAGAACCAUUCUUGUUAAAUUAUUUGAAUAUGUAGCCUAAAUAAUUAUAAUUUAUAUCAAAAAGUUUGUCAAAGAUAUUACAUCAAAUGUGCACUUGGUGAUCUCCUUCCUAUUUGGAGGAAUCUUACUACUAUUUGAUGGGUCACUGUCCCCAUCCUUAUUGAGGCUUUUCUCAGAUAUCACCCUGUGCUUAAAUCGAAUCAUAAUCACUUCUAUCAACGGCCAGCAAAAUUUUUCUGUAAAUGACCAGAUAGUGAGUAUUUUAGGCUUAACCGGCCAUGUGGCCUCUGUCACAGCUUCUCAACUCUCCAGCUGAUGCACAAAAGGAGCCACAGAAAAUAUGCAUGCAAAAGAGUCUGGCUGUAAACCACUAAAACUUUAUUUACUAAAACGGGAGGAGUGCUGGAUUUGGCCCACAAGCUAUAGUUUGCCAAUCACUGACUCAAACUGUUGAUUUUUGUUUGGAAAACUAAAAAUUGUGUUUGAAUGAAUUUCCAUUUUGAUUUACAGCCAUAACUAGAAAGAAUUUAUUCAUUCAGUGACAUUUAAUCUGUGCAGCAGAUACAUUCCCAAACCAUUUCAGGACUAGCAACAUACUAAUUUUUAAAGUACAUAUUCUUCAAACUGGCUUUCCUGAUUCUCCAAGGAAUUGCCUUAGAUGUACCUCAAGUCCCCGUGGUGUCUUCCAUUUUCCUCUCCUUACCCUCUUAACCUGUAUGCAUUUCACCUCCAUCCUCAACUAGUCCUGAGGAAGACCAGCAACUGGGAUUUGAAAAGUAGUACCAACUAGUACCAAACCAAGUUUUUUUUUUUUUUUUUUUUUUUUUUUACAUUUAGGAAUAUUAGAACACUUGUUUCCUUGGAUCCCAUUUUUCCCAGCUGGCAAUAUUUUCCAGUGGUUCAAAAUCCAAAAGGUGCAAAAUGGUAUUCAGUGAAAUUCAGUUAGUUUCCUUCCCUGAGAGCUCCCAAUAUUGUUAAUUUCUUGUUUAUUCUUCCAGAGGAUAUAUUUUAUACAUAUACAAAUACAUGCAUAUAUAAUUUAGAUUUGAUUUUUUAAUGACCUUAGCAUUCCUUUACUUUUGAUUUACCUGUAAAUGAUCCUGAGGUCCCAGAAGUGUGGACACUCCUUUCUUGAACUCAAGUAUAUGACAGUCAUAAGCUUAUCUUGAAAUAGUCUGUGGAUUUGUAGCCUGUUACAGGACUCUUUCUGCCCUUUGAUUUUAAGUGUAUUUUUCUUGCUUCGAUGUUUUGUUAAAAGCUUGACUCACAGUAACAGGAAACUUCAUGGCUGUGAGUGGACUCAUGAUUUGUAGUAAGAUGGACAUUAGAAAAGUUUUCAUUAAAGAAAAUCCAAA